UACCCGAAACUUCCCUCUUUCCCUGCGUCUUUCUCGCUUCAUCUCCCAGACGACCCUUAAGCUUCCUCAUCUCAGUUCAAUUCCUUCAACAGUUUCACCCAAUCAUGGCUUCGCCGUUAAGUUCUGCGUGUGGAUUGCUCCUGUUCGGGGUAUUGUUGAGCUUUGGUUCACGAAGCUGUUAUGGAUUCCGGACCCUCCGAUUCGCUAUGCAUCACCGGUAUUCGGAUCCCGUUAAGGGAAUUAUGGGCAUUCACGACCUACCUGCUAAGGGAAGUCGAGAAUACUAUGUGGCCAUGUCUCACAGAGACCGCCUAGUCCGAGGUCGUGGACUCGCCGGCGUGGAUCCGACGGCUCUGACGUUCGCCACCGGCAACGAUACUUAUCGUAUUUCCUCCUUGGGAUCUUUAUAUUACGCCAAUGUUUCUGUUGGGACGCCACCUGUGUGGUUUCUUGUGGCAUUAGAUACUGGAAGCAACUUAUUCUGGUUGCCGUGCAAUUGUACCGCCACGAAUUGUGUGCAUGCCUUGCAAACACCAAAAGGGAAGAGAUUAAAACUUAACAUCUAUGAUCCGCAUGCAUCCUCAACAAGCAAGAAUGUUCUCUGUAACAGCACCAUAUGUAGGCAUAAGAAACAAUGUCCUUCAUCUGACAGCAGUUGUGAAUAUCAAGUUCGCUAUCGUACAAGGAACACAUCAUCAACUGGAGUCCUAGUGGAAGAUGUCAUGCGCUUAAGUACAGAUGAUGAUCAGACCAAAGAAGUUGAGGCACGUAUUAAUUUUGGAUGCGGUAUAGUUCAAACAGGUUUUUUCUUGACUCGUGGAGCACCGAAUGGUUUGUUUGGGCUUGGUAUAAGCAAUAUAUCAGUUCCAAGCAUAUUAGCUCAAGAAGGGCUCACUUCAAAUUCUUUCUCCAUGUGUUUUGGGGAUGAUGGUGUUGGAAGAAUAAGAUUUGGAGAUAAUGGCAGCUCAGACCAAAGAAAAACACCAAUCAACAUUGAAGCAUUGCAUCCAAGUUACAAUAUCACUAUCACUCAAAUUAUUGUUGGAGAAAAAGCUACAGACUCCGAGUUCAAUGCAAUUUUUGACUCUGGAUCUUCGUUUACAUACCUAAACGAUCCUGCUUAUACAAACAUUACGAGCAGUUUCAAUUCCAUGGUCAAAGGAAAACGGUAUCAAUUUGAUUCUCAUAUUGAAAUUCCCUUUGAGUAUUGUUAUGAAAAUACAACGAGCAAUCAGACCAGUCUUGAAUUUCCCUCCUUGAAUUUGAAAAUGAAAGGGGGAGACAAUUAUUAUGUUAUUCAUCCUCUUGUUUAUAUUGCUUUUGAGGGUGUUGAAACUGUCAGCACUGCGAUUUGCCUUGGAAUCGUGAAAGAUGAUGAUGAUGUGAAUACCAUAGGACAGAAUUUCAUGACUGGUUACCAUAUAGUCUUUGAUCGUGAUAACAUGCUUCUGGGUUGGAAGAAUUCUAGCUGUUAUGAUGACAAGGUGUCAAAUGCAUCAGCUGUAAACACUGCACAUUCUCCAGCUGUUUCUCCUGCAAGUCCUAUAAAACCUAAAGCCUUACUUAACCAGUCUGAAAGUUCAAUGCCUAAUCACUCAUUCAAGAUCAAACCUUUUAUGGUUACAUUUCUUAUGGUUCUUUUCCCAGGAUUUGCAAUUUUUUGAUCACUCUGGUCGAAUUCGAAUUCUCUAAAGCAUAAUUCAGCCAAAAUGAGAGGAGAGAAACAGAGCAAGGGGUGAAACUUGAGUUCUACAAAAGCAUGUUCUACCUCUCCAUCUUUCUAUAUAUAUAUAUAUAUAUUGAAGUUCUCAGCUAUCCAUUUUAGUUUUAUUUAAAAUUAAUUCAGACAAUGCUCUUCACAUUCAUUCAGUAUUGUAUUAUUUGAAGUGUAGGGUAAAAUACUUUGUCUAGUAAAGCAAAAAAAAUUUCCGUCCAUGUAUGUGAUUAAUGUAUUUGACAUUGACAUAAAUCAGAUAGAGGCUUCUAUAAUUUUCCUAUCA